AUGACGGAGCCCAGGGACGUCCUGGUGCUGCUGCCCACGCAGGAGCAGCUGCGGCUGGUCGUGGGGGUGCGGGCCACCUGCCGUGAGCUCUUCCAGCGGGCGUGCGACGUGGCCAGCAUCAAGGAAGCCCACUUCUUCGGCCUCAGCGUGGUCAGAAACAACGAGUACGUGUUCAUGGACCUGGAGCAGAGCGUCAGCAAGUACCUCCCGAGAGACCGGAAGCGGCAAGGGCACCAAGGUGCCGGGAGGCCCCGCACGCCCUUCGUGACCUUCCUCAGAGUGCGGUGCUACGUGGAGGACGGCAGGGUCAUGAGGGACAAGACGACCAGGCACCUCUACUACUGCCACCUGAAGGAGCGCGUGCUGAGGUCCCAGUGCACCCACCGUGAGGAGGCCUACUUCUUGCUGGCCGCCUACGCCCUGCAGGCCGACCUGGGCGACCACCGGGAGCCGGUCCACGCAGGCCGGUACUUCGAGCCACACGCCUACUUUCCCCAGUGGAUCAUCGCCAAGAGGGGCAGCGCCUACAUCCGCAGGCACGCACCCGCCAUGCACCGCGAGCAGCGGGGCCUCCGCCCCAAGCAGGCUGCGCUGCGCUUCAUCAGGGAGGCCUGCCGCCUGGAGGACGUGCCCGUCCACUUCUUCCGGCUGUUUAAGGUUACCAAGGCCUGGCGUCCUGUCCUGGGAUUGCUGCCCCGUGGCCUCUUCCUUGUUCAGGGGAAAAGGUUUGAGAUCCAGCCGGAAGGGCUGCCAUCAGCGCGGAAGCUGGUGUACUACACGGGCUGCGCCUGGCGCUCCGGCCACCUGCUGCGGCUACUCAGCGCCAGCCACCAGCUGCGGCUCAGCCUGCAGCCCGCCCUGCAGAGGCUGCAGCGGCUGGAGAGCAUGGAAGAGAGGAAGCGCUAUCGGGAGUCCUACAUCAGCGACACGCUGGACCCGGACCCGGACCCGGGUGGCAGGGGCUCCCCAGACUCCCCCCACAGCGGGGGCGGUGGCCGGCAGCUCCCCCAACACCUGCCCGUUGGCUCGGCUGACAGCAGCGGCCCCUGUGUCAUCGAGGCGGAUGCUGGGCCCGCAGAGCCCAGGGAGGCGUCGGUGGAGGAGCCCCGGGGCGCGGAUGGUGGCCACAGAGGCAGGCCCCAGGGGGACGCCCAGGACCCGGGGGACGCCCCUUGCAAGGAGCCCCCGGCGGCUGCGCAGGUCCCGCUGGGCAGGACUCGGGGCGGCAGUGCGGAGGCCCCGUACCAGGUGGCCUUCCUGCAGCCAGCUGCCACCUGGUCAUUGGUGGAGGACGUGCCCAUCAGCCGGCUGGCGGCCCGUGUCCCCAGCUGGAAGCCAGGGCUGGUGCUGUGUCUCGGCUGCCUUCAGACAGUGGGCCCCUGA